AUGUGGACCACCGCAUCCCCUCCGACCAUUCUGAACAGCUUGCUCGCUCAGGCCGCAUCCAAGCUGCCGCUUGAACUCCAGGCGCAAGUGACGAGAAGCGUGCAAGGUGGGCUUGUUUCGUCGCUUCUCCGAACCUGUGAGACCAUCUCUGCGAUUGCGUCAUUCCUGCCACCAAGUCUGUCGGCACAUUUGAAUUCUCCCCCGACAAUGCGCUUAUACCAGGAGCGCGUUUUGGACCGCGAACCGACACCAACGAACCCGACAAAUAUAAUCAGCACAGACAAGCAUGUACCUGUCUGCGGCUACCUUGUUGCUCGUGGAAUCCGUCUAUUUGGCCAUUCAUAUCUCCAUAGGGUAUCGUUCUUAGCACAAGAUCAAGGCGUGGAAAAAUCACGGACGCGGAAACGGAAGCGAGAGCGUAAAGACGAGGAUUGCGAUAGCAGCUACAACGGAUGCCUGCAGACGGUCUUUUUGGACUGUCUGGCAUCAGGUCUCGUCGCAAACCGAGACGACACUAAACUGUUGCACAUCCGGUCUGACUCGACCGACGACAGCCCCGACCAAAAUCGAGAUCGAGUGUGGCCGUCACGAUCGCUCUGGAACACGGACACCGUGCCUGCAUAUGAUGACCUCACGAUUGUGGACACAGAACACUUCCCUGGAUACCUACCGCACCAUCCUGGCCGCCGCCUCUGUCACUACUUGCCAUUGGAACUCGAGGGUGCAUAUGCCACGGGGCUAACGGUGUACUGCAUUGUCGACGGGGUGGCAGGGAUGACGGCGCACUUUGGCGGGGAUGGCAUUGCGGCUGCAGACCGGCAACGGCACAUUGGAUGUCGAUGCGGCAUACCCGUCCACCUGCCGCUGGCAUCGAAAACGGGCGAGCGCAUCGUCUUUUUGGGCAUGCUGGCAAUCGAAGACAGGAGCAAACGGGCAUAUAGAGGUCCGGCGCUGGUGGCCGCGACCAACCGGGGGAACAAGGUCCUUUUUGGGAACUUUGAAAUUGCUUUUACACGCACGACCACGUCUCGCAUGCUGACGUCAGACAGCACACUCCAAACUCCAGUCCUCGGUAUCUUCACCGAUGUGCUGACGGCCGAGGGCUGUUGCUGGAAGAGCAUUGGCGUCCACACGCCCGAGACACCAAUGGCAACGGCAACGCAGCGCCCGUCCAGGUUGUUCGUAGCCCGCUUUCCUUAUCCGCCGCCGCCGGAGCGUGUCGAUGAGCGCUUUAAUAAAUUGCACGCUCUUUUCAGCUCGGCCACGCUGGACAGCGGUUCCAUUGUGCGCCUACGUGUCCGGCGACGGGUCAUGGCAGGCGACCGGGCCCCCCGCUGCCUUGGUCUACGUAUCGAAUUUGACAGUGGCCGCACGUCCAUCUUGGGUCAAUGGGAGCCGCCAGUUAUGGACGCAGCGGACACGACAAAUACACCGACAUCGUCACCGACAAUUACGGACAUUUUUCCAGCUGGUUCAGCCGACCCCGCCUCCUCGCUCUGUGCCGCCAUCACGUUUCACUUUACACCGGACGGCACCUACGUAACCGACAUUGUCGUCGGCAACCAUGCCUCCGGCCCCUUUGACGCGGUUGUGUCCCAGGGGGAGCACUUUGUAUGGUGGUUCUCUGAAGCUGGCGACUUGGUCCACACUUGGGAGCCCACGUACAUCAGUGCCAGGUUUCCCGAUCCCUUGGGCAAUGGCUUCCACCAGGGACCCGUCUGGAGCAUGGACUCAAAGUCUCGUGACGACUGA